AUGGACAUCCAAACCAAUGUUCUCUGGGCAUCUGAUGCUUUGAAUCCAUGGCAGGUGACACGCAGCAUUUGCGCUGGUGUCUUAGUCUUCGUUGACCUCCUGGUGACCGUGCAGGACCGAACCUGGAGAAUGUUGGAGGAUUGGGACUUUCCGACCUUUGAAGAGCCCUUGGAAAUUCAGGUGCCAACGAAAGUCUUGGGUACUUUUAGUGACAAGCUGAAGAGCCUUGGCACAGCCAGCUCUCCUGAGCGGGUUUCCGGCCUCUGA